AUGUCGAAUAAGGAGCUUCUUCCAAUCGAUGUCUCGGGGGACGUGGGUGCUAGAAUCCUGAGUGUCGAUGGAGGAGGAGUACGGGGUCUUAUUCCUGUGCAAUUACUCAAAUUCUUAGAGCACCAGUUGCAGGUACAGUUUAUAAAUUGUAUUCUUUUGCUGCACAAUUCAUAUAGUUUUAUUUCCACAAAUGUAUUACUUACUGAAAUGCUUCGUUUUUAUAAGAAAUUGGAUGGGGAAGAUGCCAGACUAGCAGAUUAUUUCAAUAUAAUGGCAGGUACCAGCACUGGAGACCUUGAUAGCAAUGAACUUAGUCACUCGAGCAGUUCAUCAGGAUACAAGAAUAGUCGACAAAAAGGUAUUGAGCACCUUGACCACUUUGUUGUACUUUCUCUUGGAACGGGAUUAGAAGAGGGUAUUGAAUGGGACGCAAAAAAGGCUGCCACAUGGGGAAGCUUGAAGUGGAUUACUCACGAUGGAAGAACGCCUCUCAUAGAAUCUAUCAUGAAUGCAAGUUCAGACAUGGUCAACAUUCAUACAGCUUUGAUGCUCCAUCAUGUCAAAGAAAACUAUCUUAGAAUCCAGGAAUGGCAACUAAAAGGAAGCGAAGCAAAGAUGGACCUCAGUACGGAUGAGAACCUGAGGAAUCUUGUGAAGAAAGGCCAGGAACUAUUGGAUAAGCCUGUUAGAAGUUUAAAUUUGGAGACUAGGCGUCCUGAGACAGUGAAGAACGACUACACAAACAGGAUGGCAUUGACUAAAAUGGCUGAACGACUCUCCAAGGAGAAGAAGUUGAGGGAUAAACGGAGCGCAUCUUCUGCACUUUCUAUGAAUGGCCAUAGUGUUGGAAUAAACAUCUGA